AUGCCCUUCACCUGGAACUGGGUAGUACCUGCUAAUAUUGAUAGUGAGAGUGGCAUCAUGGCCAUUAAUUGUAAUACUUUUGCCGAAUACCUGAAGGACCACCUGAUGGAGAUGGUACGGCCCGCCUGUAUGAGUGUCGACAAGCUCACGGUUAAUGUUCUUUGGAAUGGAGUGAACCCCGAAUUUUACUAUUAUUGCUUGAUGGUGACCGGCUACAGUCCCCAGACCGCUACCGUCCUUACCGAUGCCAGCGACAGCAAAGCUAUUCAUCUCGAGUUCAGCAGCGAGAAGCUGGACUCGGCUCAUCUUGCUUUAUACUACUCCAAGCUCUGGGUCAAGAGCAAUUAUACCUGCGAUAUUAGCUUUGAGGGUACAAACACAAUCCAUAUUGUCCAGCGCGCGGUGAUUUGGGCCGAAGUGCUGGUGGACAGCUCUGGAACUGACGGCAACAUCGCUGAUUACACCUUGGAGGAAACAUAUUCCCUAUCGGUCGAUCAGGCCGGCAAUCUGCAGCUGGUGCCUGAGAGCAGCAAACAGACUAAUAACUCUGUUGAUCCGAGUGUCAAUGGCUUUAUCAAUUAUUUCACCAGCAUCAAUGAAGUCUUUGACAAGCUCGAGAACACAUUUAGCGGUUUCGCCGCUGAUGAGCUCCAACAGGUCUUCACCUUCCAUCAACCUCGCUUCUCCAACUACGGGGACCUGCUUUGCGACAUCACAUAUGUGAAGCCAAGCACCCAGGCUGCCCCUGCCCGCAAGGUGCUGAUGUCUAGCCAGAAUGUCUCUCACCAGCUGAGCGCAUCGUGCGAGCUGAUGCAGAAUUACAUGGCUGGUAGCCUAGUCUUGCCCACGGGUAAAUUCACGGCGCUACAGACAAAGGCUGGUCUAAGUCUGGUCUUUGCUUUUGAUACAGCUGGAGCCUUGUAUAUCUUUGAGGAGCAGAGCAGCAUAAUAUAUACAGGUUAUCUUAUGAUGGCAGCCACUGUAAACGGAACAGACCAGCUCUUUGUCUCUUUGCUUAACUCCAGUUCUGACCCCUCAUGGACUAGCUCCCCUAUCUGGAGCCCUAUCCCUUUUGAUGCAGAAUCAUUGUUAUCUGAUAAUACCGCUGAUACCCUCACUAUCACUGGAAUGCUAUUCGCUGAGGUAUUCGGCAAAAAACAGUAUAUAAUCGUUGAUACUGAGCGUGUGAGUGGUGAUGCCGCUACCAAGAAUAUCACCUACUACGUCGUCCACCCGACCGCUGAGGAGGGCUCUCGCUGGGUUAAGGUAGACAUCCCUGUCGAUGUUGAGGAGACUGCAUACCAGAGCUGCGUCGGUCGUGUAUACGGCGAACGUAUUGACAGAGUUUACACCAGUGGUCAGGCAGGAGAGUCAUCGCAGCUGGUGUAUGUGCCUCUGGAAAAUGUCUAUGGGAAUAGGCCUCCAGAGCCUACCUGUCUGAGCCUGCCCACCGACAUGCACCUUAUAGCCAUUGCAGUUGCCCGUGAUGCCAACCUCAAAUCUGACCAGUUUGGUGGCACCGAACUGAAAUCCAGCACAGCUGGUAGUAUAUGGCAGCCUCAGCAUAUUACUUUGGCUGCUACUGUGCCUACGGAGCCUGCGCUCUCAUUCAACUCUUAUACUACUACAAUGCAGGUAGCUGGCACCAACAAGAUGCCCACUCGAGAAGUGUUCUUGGCUAUUUCCGCUGAGAUAUCCACACCCGCUUACAUCAACGGGCUUUACUACGUGCUUAGUGAUACUCUGGUGAUUGUGAAGACUGAUGCCAUGGGUACUGUAAUGGUGAUUAAAGCCAUGGAAGACCUUCAUGGUAUCUCUUUAACCAUGAAGAAAUUAUUACAGGAGGUGUACUUGAGUAACGUGCAGGCUACUAUAGUAACUAUAGAUCAACUAGACACCACUUGGUCGAGCAUCCAGGAUAGAAACAUACGCGCCUUAGUCAAAAACCGGGGUGUCAUCCCAGUUACCUACUACCAAGAAUGUCCUGGAAACAACGAUCGAGAUCUCUUUAACUGGAUUGAAGCCUGGUAUUUUGUCGCACAUAUUACCAGUGAGAUAGACUCUGCCAAGGCACUGCGGCGUCUAGCCAGUAGUAUAUUCAUGGAUAGUAUAUUAUCAAGUAUACAGAUUAGAACUGUUGCCUACACCGUCAUAUACAAAGUGAUAAAUAAUAAACCCUCUUUUCCUGAUAAUAACAAUUCCGCUGCUCUCAUCGCCGCCAGCAGCUGGGACGAGUUGGAACAGCUAUUUUCGUCAACAGUAACUUCUCCGCGCGUGCUCUCCCAAACCACCCAGCAGUCCAUUUACGUGUCUGCAAAUGCCAUGAGCGGAAUGGUACUGUUAAUUGGCAACAUUGCCCUAUUCAUGGAGGCUCAGGCACCCACAGCGGGUAACACCCUCAGCGGCUUGGUAGCGGUCAUCAAGCUUAUAGUUGUGGCAAGCGUGGGGGCCAGCAACCUCCUGGCACCCAAGGAUCCCAUCCAGGACUCUGGUAUGAAGGUGCUUUCACGCGUUUGCUUUGGACUUGAUAUUGCCACCAGCUUCCUUGGAUUCAUACCCAUCUAUGGCAAGCUCGCGGCUACCACGAGCAAGUUCCCUAAUUUACUACUGAGUGAUGGGCGGGCAGUGGGUGCUGUCUUCAAGGCACUUCUCCUCAUUCCCAAGUUGAUGGCUAUGUCGUACCAUUUGUAUGAACUCACCAGCGAAGAGGCUGGUGCGGCUCGAUCUGCAGCUAUCGUGGGCGAGGUAGUGAACCUCACUGGGGCUGUAGUUACAGUGUCGUAUGCGGCUGCAGUGAAUGAUAAGGAGCUGGCAAGCCGACAGGUUCCGAUCGAGGUUAUGACGCUAUGUGUUGAUCUUUGGUCUGGUUUACUGGUCGCCGAAUCAAUGAUCCAUUGA